AUGGGCAGCCUUUCGAUUCAUAUUGCAGCUAUAUUGGCCGAACGAGAGCAAGCAGAUACCGUCCUUGAACUUCUUGCCUCGACCCCGCACUUCGUCUUCUCUGGUCGCGUUCUAGAGAUGGUCUACACACAAGAGUCCAUGCAUAUCGGAGAGACCCAGGAUGAUAUCAAACUUAGUCAACAAGGCCUCGACAACUUGCGCGAGGAACUCAUCAAGCUUUACUCGGCGCUGCUCAGUGCUCUCAAUUAUUCCUACUUGAUUUCGAGCCAGUAUAAGGUCAAACGCAAAGCCACGGCAAUAUUUAAUUCAUCCGAACUGGUGAGCAUCCAUCAGGACCUGGAAGCACAACACAAAAAGGUCAUAGAUCGCGGAGAGGACUGUCGAAAAAUCCUGAGUCAUACCUUAUCCCGCAAAUCUCUCGACUUGCUCAGAAGCAUCCAGCCAUCUCUUACUGAAAUAGGGGAUCGAGUCCGAGAAUUACUGGUACGAAUCGACGAAUCCGAACGACGCGAAACUCUUAAAAGUAUUUCUGCCAUUUUAUAUCGGGCUCAUCACGAGGAAGUCAGUGGCAAACGAACGGCCGGCACCUGUGAGUGGAUACUGAAAAAGGAGAAGUUCAUUCGAUGGGAGGAAAGUGAUUCAUCAGUAACCAUUCUGUAUGGAAAUCCUGGGGCUGGCAAGACGUUUCUCAUCUCAAGAGUAGUCGACUAUUGCACUGAGAAGGCUGAAGCGAGUGAGGCAUUGGCUUUUUUCUAUUGUAAGAGAGACGAAGAGAACCGGCGGAGUCCUCAGGAUAUCCUCCGCAGCAUCCUUCCUCAGCUAUCUAAUCCAGUCAAGGACGUUGAAAGUGGAACGAUUCACGUCGCUCUUAAAGAUCUGCCAAACAGACUUGCACUCAAUGGUACAACCUUUGAUGUACCAACCUGCGAAAAUCUGAUUGGAAAGCUUAUCGAAAGUUAUUCCAAAACUACGAUUAUUCUUGAUGCCCUUGAUGAGUGCGAUAGAAACACUCGAGAGGAGCUUAUGAGAGUCCUGAGCAACCUCGCAAAUGGCAGCUCAAAAUUCCGCGUCUUUAUCUCCAGCAGACAUGAUGAGGACAUUCUACGACAUUUCAAGGGUACACCUGUCAUGGAGAUGGAGGUAACAGACAAUGAAGAAGACAUCUCCUGUUAUGUGGACGAUAGGCUGUUUCGAGAUUCUCGCUGGGCCCAUCUAAGUCCCGAGCUUCAGGAGGAGGUCAAAGCAGUGUUUCACGAAAAAAGUCUAGGCAUGUUUCAAUGGGCAGCACUGGAACAAAUCAAGAUCUUACCUACCGGACUCAAAGGUGCUUACGAUGUUGUCUGGAAUCAGAUGCAAGAGAUGUCCUCGUACGAACAACAGCUAGCUAGGCGAGCCUUGCAAUGGGUUCUGUGUGCAUUCAGACCAUUAAUGACUUCCGAAUUGUCGCUCGUGAUGCAGAUCGACCCCAACUCCGUUUCGACAGAAGCGAAUACACUUUUCACCCCGGAGACUAUCCAGAGCAUCUGCGGAAACUUGCUUGUCUACGAUCGGAAGUCGAAUGUUUGGCGAUUCUCACACUUGUCGGCACGAGAAUACAUCGAGAAGCAUCAUUACAGCAUACUUGAAUCACAUCACCAUGUUGCUAUUUCUUCUAUUAAGUUCCUUGAAAGAGAUUUGGUCUGGGUGCCACCAAGUCCGAAGUUCCGCAUUAAACACUUUCUCUGGGUCUCUGCACCAAGUCGAUCUGAUCCAGGUGGUCCUUAUGUUGAAUUUACAGUUAUCUGUCCCUAUAUAGUUAAGCAUGUACUUUGGCAUGCCCAUGAAUUGGAUUCGCCUAAGUUCAGACACUCUGAACUCUCGAAUCUUUUACGGAACUUCUUCGAACCGAUUUCACAAGGUAGCUCGUCUUUCCAGACUUGGAGGCGCCUCUCAGUAAAAAUGGAGAGCCAGAGAUCUCGCCUCGCGAGGAAAGGCCUAGGGUACUCAUCUCUGCAAAUAUCAUCGACACCUCUCCAGGUUAUGUCCAUUCACGGACUAUUUCACAUCCUGAGAGACUUGUGGGAGAGAGCGGGGGACGAACUCAACGUAUUCCAUAUGUUGUCACCAUCUCCCCUUACCCUAGCCAUUAAGUACCGGCAUGAACCCAUCUGGAAGUUCAUAUUGCUCGCAAAAGCAAAAGUUAACAACGGCGGCCCGGGACCCCUGACAUCAGCAAUAGAAUACGACGACAUGGAAGCUUUCGAAGCACUGCUUGAAGCUAAGGCAGACGUGAACCAUGUUUAUCCCCUUCCUAUUCAAAUGGCUCGAUCUUUUGGUAGCCGGCCUGAUCUAACAAGGCCAGAAACACCUCUGGAAGCUGCGUUGUGGCAUUCAAGAAAGCAAAGUCGAAGAUACUUUAUACAGAGACUGCUUGAUGGAGGUGCAGACGUGAAUCUUAAGACACGAACUGGAACUACUUUGGAGCUCGCUGUCCAGUACGCCGAUGAGGAAGCCGUUAGAAUUCUUCUCGACGCAAAUACAGAAGUGUACAGUCCAGAUCACCUCCUAAGCCUGGCGGCUAGGAACCGGAAUUUCAACCUCGUUCCAUUAUUCCUGAAGCUUGGCGCCAAUAUCGAAGAGCCGUUUAAAGGAGUCUUACCAUUAGUGUGGGCGUUGAGGGAGGGAAAUCUACCGAGUGUUCGAUCCUUGUUGGAGAUGUCAGGCACAUAUAUUGACCUGUCUUAUCGAGAUCAUAGGGAGGCAAUUCUCUCAGCCCUAUCGACUCGCGAUAGACCGAAUAUUUUCCCCGCUCUUCUCUUUGAAUCUAACCCUCUUAUCAAUUGGAGGGACUGUGAGACCGAUACCCUAAGCAGGGCCGUAAGCUCAUAUCCCAAAUAUGAGUAUGAAAUCCGUGGUCUCGGCUUCGAUGGGUCUAAUUUCGCGCUUCAGUGUAACGAAGGAACAGCACACCGUCAGCUAAGCUUGUUCGAUACUUUAUUCAACGCUGGAGCAGACCCAUAUGUCAGCGUUAAUUUCGACUCUGGAAGAGAAUUUUCACGUUAA